CCAACCCCUGCCGCCUUCCGCCACACAUCCUCUGUACUGCGGUAAAGAUGGCGGCGUCAGAGGGGGCGCGCAGCAGCCGGACAACGGCGACAGCUUUUUGAAAAUGCUGCACAUUUUCGCUACUCUCGCUCGUUAAUUUUUCGGACUCGACGACCACCUAUAUCCCCCCGGAGCGAACGGAGUGGCUGUCAAGCCGCUCGGGUUGUCAUUUUAACUCCAGACCGGGUGGAUUUAUGCGACUAGUUAGUUGGCUAACCCAGCUAGCUAACAGGGGAGAGUCAGCCGAGGAGAAGACCACGAAGGCGGGGGGAAGAAGAGGAACGCGGCUCGGUACUCUGGCGUCUCCGGCUCAUGGGAAUGUGAGCCAGCGGUCCGCGGGAGGGUGUGCUCGCUUCGUCCUGAACGUCCUUACCAACUCCGAACUACCGGGAUGGGACAGCAGGUAGGCCGCGUCGGUGAGGGCGCAUCGACCGGACUUCAGCCGCCACAGCCCCACGCGUCCCAACCGCACCAAGUGAAGGGGAGCCGGGGUAGCGUCGCUGGGAGGAGACCCCGGGAAGCCGGCAGUAACAUCGGUACACCGCCAGGCAGGACAGCGGCGAUCAACGUCCCUGAUCCGUCGAUUAAUAUAUUCACCAAGCACUCAGAAGCUCUCCACAGGCCGUUCGGCCUGGACUCUGCAGCCCUGACAGAAGCGGUACGCUGGAGCUCCAAGGAGAACUUGCUGGGGGCAGCUGAGAGCGACCCCAACCUGUUUGUUGCACUUUAUGACUUUGUCGCCAGUGGGGACAAUACUCUCAGCAUCACGAAAGGCGAGAAGUUACGCGUGUUGGGCUACAACCAGAAUGGAGAGUGGAGUGAGGUUCGCUCUAAGAACGGCCAGGGUUGGGUCCCGUCCAACUACAUUACACCUGUCAACAGCCUGGAGAAGCAUAGCUGGUACCACGGGCCUGUGUCGCGCAGUGCCGCCGAGUACCUGCUGUCGUCCCUUAUAAAUGGCAGCUUUCUUGUCCGGGAAAGUGAAAGCAGCCCCGGACAGCUGUCCAUUUCCCUCCGCUAUGAGGGUAGAGUCUACCACUACCGGAUUAACACUUCCUCGGAUGGCAAGGUAUAUGUGACCUCCGAGAGCCGCUUCGCCACCCUGGCUGAGCUGGUCCACCACCACUCCACAGUAGCGGACGGCCUGGUCACCACACUGCACUACCCAGCACCCAAGUGCAACAAGCCCACCGUGUACGGUGUAUCGCCCAUCCAUGACAAGUGGGAGAUGGAGCGCACCGACAUCACUAUGAAGCACAAGCUCGGAGGAGGCCAGUACGGCGAGGUGUACGUGGGCGUGUGGAAGAAGUACAACCUCACAGUGGCAGUCAAGACGCUCAAGGAGGAUACCAUGGAAGUUGAGGAAUUUUUGAAAGAGGCUGCUGUAAUGAAAGAGGUCAAACAUCCAAACUUGGUUCAGCUUUUAGGUGUGUGUACAUUGGAGCCUCCGUUUUACAUCGUGACCGAGUACAUGCCACAUGGUAACCUUCUGGACUACUUGAGAGACUGCGACAAGGAAGAAGUGAAUGCUGUGGUUCUGCUCUACAUGGCCACACAGAUCUCCUCUGCAAUGGAAUACUUGGAAAAAAAGAAUUUCAUCCACAGGGAUCUAGCCGCAAGAAACUGCCUGGUUGGGGAGAAUCAUGUUGUUAAGGUGGCAGACUUUGGUCUGAGCAGGUUGAUGACUGGUGACACCUACACUGCGCACGCUGGGGCAAAAUUCCCCAUCAAGUGGACCGCGCCCGAGAGCCUUGCCUACAACACCUUCUCCAUCAAAUCUGACGUAUGGGCUUUUGGGGUCCUGUUGUGGGAAAUUGCCACCUACGGAAUGUCUCCAUAUCCAGGCAUUGAUUUGUCUCAGGUCUAUGACCUUCUGGAGAAGGGCUACCGCAUGGAACAACCCGAGGGAUGCCCACCAAAGGUCUAUGAGCUUAUGAGAGCAUGCUGGCAGUGGAGUCCAUUGGACAGACCAUCUUUUGCAGAAAUCCACCAAGCCUUUGAAACAAUGUUCCAUGACUCCAGCAUCUCAGAAGAGGUUGCAGAGGAGCUCUGCAAGAUGGCCUCCUCCGGUCAAAGCGGUCCCCUUCACGCGUUCAGCCAUGACACGCCCCUGUUGCCUUCCAAAUCUCGCACACACCUAAAGCACACGGAAAACAAGGAGAACAUCGAGAGUGGGCUAGACGGGCGGCCAGACCACAGCACUCAUGGCCCCUCAGGUACAGCUAGACAUGCCUUCCUCGCCGCCAAGCCAUCACGAGGCAAUGGACGCUCGGGCAGCUCCCCGGCACUGCCCAGAAAACAGCAGCCACGUGAUAAAUCUCCGAGCAGCUUUUUAGAGGACACACUGGAUACGGGGACUUUCACACGAGACCGCAAGACUAGCUUCUUCAGCUCCUUCAUUAAGAAGAAGUCGUCGUCCUCGUCCUCCUCGCCGUCCUCCCAGCACCAACAGAACCUUCCGACGCCUCCCAAAAGGAGCAGUUCCUUUCGAGAGAUGGAGACGCAACCCCACAAGAAAUAUGAGCCUACUGCUGAUUUUAGCGCCCCGCCUCCCCUGCCGCAGUCUGACAGUUUAGGGGGCUUCUCCGCCUCUCCCUCUCAUGCCCAAGGCGAGCCUGCCCAGGCUCAGUCACGCUGCUGUGGAGCCGCAUUUGGACAGAAGCCUUCUGGCGGAGGGUUUGUUUCACAGGUAACAAGCGGUAGCAGCUGGGGAGGACUUGCCGGCUUUUUUACCCCCAGACUUAUCAAAAAGACCCUCGGGCUAAGGACAGGAAAGGCGGUCUGCUCAGGGGAUGGUGGAACCAUAGUGGGGGGGCCGAAACCGUUACCGAGGUCCAAUUCUACCUCCUCAAUGUCCUCCGGGUUGCCAGACCUGGAGCGUAUUGCUCUGACUUUGCCCAGGAACCGCAGUGCUAAAGCUCCUCUGGAGAGGACUGCCUCCACAAGCUCCCAGCCAGAGAACGGGACCGCACGGCCCACAGAAACUCCGCUCAGGAGGAUGGAUGAGGGGACUGCACAGAUCAGGGAAAGGCCCAAAGCCAAGCUGCUACCCCGGACAACUGCUGCAGGGGGGAGGGCCCCAGGGGUUGGAGGGGAAGUGGGGGAAUCCGACGGGGGCGGGCAGCAAAGCUGGGCGUCCCCCUCUAAGACUUCUAGUUCAGCUGCUGCAGGUGCACAAACUCACAACCACAAAGUUCCGGUUCUUAUAUCCCCCACGUUAAAGAACAGCCUAGGAGACGCGCACCUUGUCGGAUUGGACUCUCAGGGGAACCGUUUCAAGCUGCUGUCCGAGCACCAGGCGGACCGGGACAGGCCGCGGCUCGUCAAACCCAAAUGCGCCCCGCCACCUCCGCCGACCCUCCGCGGCAUGCAUCCCUCUUACAGCAGCGAGGGGGAUGAGCAGGUAGGAGCCACGCCAGUCCAAGUCAACGGGGACUCGUUAAAAGGUCACAAGUCAGGGCGAUUGCCGGGAGGAGUGACCGCGUGUAGACCGACAGUGCCUCCUCCGCAGGUGCCUCCUACUUCCUUCCAAGCCAACACAACUCCCACCAAAAUGUCCAACGGAGCACCCAGUGCCACAUCCUCCACACACUCCAAAGCGGGGCUGAGGCGAACCAGGCAGCAGUCGGACAAAUCGCAGCCGGAGCGCGUGAGCCGCGAGGCCCUGCUGGAGUGUGCCGAGUGCCUGAGCGACAUCCUCCACUGCAGCCCCGAAAGCCCCUCCAGCAGCCAAGUCCUGGACGCCGGCCACCAGCUGCUGGACUACUGCUCCGGUUACGUGGACUGCAUUCCCCAGAUGAGGAACAAGUUUGCCUUUCGGGAGGUGGUGGGGAAGCUGGAGCUCAGCCUGCAGGAGCUGAGGGCCUCGUCCUCGGGGGGAGGUGGGGGGCCGAGCUGCGUGGGGUCCAACGUCCAUCUAGAUAACCUGCACAGCUGUAUUAAAGAGAUUAGUGAUGUAGUCCAGAGGUAGCUGACACUAACGCCGCAAGAUUAUUUUAUUCCUUUAAUAUCGUAUUGACCAGAAUAUAAGAUGACCCUGAAUAUCACACAUCCUCUUUUACAAGUUUGUGGAAGAAGAGGGUGUUGUGACAAAUUGAUUUUUAAUUCCUUUUAUCCAUCCGUUGGUAUACACUACCGUUCAAAAGUUUGGGGUCACCCAAACAACUUUGUGGAAUAGCCUUCAUUUCUAAGAACAAGAAUAGACUGUCGAGUUUCAGAUGAAAGUUCUCUUUUUCUGGCCAUUUUGAGCGUUUAAUUGACCCCACAAAUGUGAUGCUCCAGAAACUCAAUCUGCUCAAAGGAAGGUCAGUUUUGUAGCUUCUGUAACCAGCUAAACUGUUUUCAGAUGUGUGAACAUGAUUGCACAAGGGUUUUCUAAUCAUCAAUUAGCCUUCUGAGCCAAUGAGCAAACACAUUGUACCAUUAGAACACUGGAGUGAUAGUUGCUGGAAAUGGGCCUCUAUACACCUAUGUAGAUAUUGCACCAAAAACCAGACAUUUGCAGCUAGAAUAGUCAUUUACCACAUUAGCAAUGUAUAGAGUGUAUUUCUUUAAAGUUAAGACUAGUUUAAAGUUAUCUUCAUUGAAAAGUACAGUGCUUUUCCUUCAAAAAUAAGGACAUUUCAAUGUGACCCCAAACUUUUGAACGGUAGUGUAAGAAUGAUUGAUCAAAUUCAUAUGACAGUUGUUGUAAUCUUCCAAUCAGCAUCUUUUUCUGUUGUUUGCUACAGGUGCGUUCGCUAAAAUAAACUCUGGCGUGUUUGCUCCACUAAAGCGGUUUAUUUUGGUCGAGUUUGAAUGCAACAAGCAAGCUGCUAGAGACCUUUUUUGAGAGAGGUUUCUGUCUGCUUGUUAAGGGACUUUUCAAAA